AACUACCGUUUCUGCUUGAUGCUGAAAAUUGAACAGAACUCUAGGACUCCAGGAGAAGUCAGAAAAAGGCAAAGCAGACUUAAUCAAUUAAAUUGUGUUUUUUGUACCAUGUCACCACAAAUCUGAGCCAUCGAGAUUCUUGUGCUUACUUCUCUAAAAACUGUGGCGUGUGAAGUUUGUAUUAUUUCAGUCAUAUAGUCAUAAUAUUUUGAACCCUGGACAUUUAAAUUUUCUCUUGGAUUUUCUCCCUUGGUUGUUUCCUUCGUGGCUCUCUGCCAUUUUGUCCUCUCAUUCAUAGUUGCUCUAGUGAUACGCUGUUUCCCCCACACACCCCCAAGUCCUCCUCGUCUCUUUUGCAAAUCAUACUGGUUCUCUGAGAGGCUUCAUCCUGGCCGGCACUAUUCCAGCCAAGGGGGGAGAGGACUUCCUGACGCUGGCCGCUUCACGGCUCAGCCGCAGGAAACGCGUCAUUGGAGCUGCUGUAGGUGUAGCAAUGGUUCUAAUACUCUUGGUUGCCAUUCCCUUGCUGGUCCACACAACCAAAGGAGGAAAUGCUGGAAAUGCAGGGAGCCAUUAUGAAAUGCUUGGAAGCUGCAGGAUGGUAUGUGAUCCCUACACCACGUCUCAGCCAGGCCAAGAGCUGACAGCUGCGUCUCCACCCCCCCAGGAUUACUCUGGAAAGAAGAUAAAGUCUGGGCUUCGAGGGCCUCCAGGGAUCCCUGGGCCUCCAGGAGAACGUGGACCCCCUGGAGAGCCAGGCAAACCAGGGCCACAGGGUCCCCAAGGUCCAGGCCCCGGUGGCUAUUCUCCCUCACUCUACACUCCCAAAAUUGCCUUUUACGCAGGGCUACGAAAGCAACACGACGGCAAUGAAAUACUGAAGUUUGAUGAUGUGGUGACAAAUGUUGGUAACUACUAUGAGCCGAGCACCGGCAAAUUCACCUGCCCACUGCCUGGCAUCUAUUUCUUCACCUACCAUGUUCUAAUGAGAGGUGGUGACGGGACGAGCAUGUGGGCAGACCUGAGGAAGAACGGACUGGUAAGAGCAAGCGCCAUUGCUCAGGAUGCUGAUCAGAAUUACGACUAUGCCUCCAACAGUGUGAUCCUGCAUUUGGACGUAGGUGAUGAGGUGUGUGUGCAGCUGGACGGAGGGAAGGUCCACGGAGGAAACACAAAUAAGUACAGCACCUUCUCCGGCUUCCUCAUCUACCCAGACUGAAUUUAAUCCCCGCAGAGUGCGAACAAUAAAAAUAAAUAAAACAAAACACCAACAUACAUAUAGACACACUGACACUUACACAGACAUAUACAUAUGCAAAUUGAUGCACAAACACAGAAAUGCAGUGCACACACAAAAAUAUGCACAUAGAUGAAUACAAGCAAGCACACACACACUCAUACAUAUCUGCAUAAAGACAUUUUGAAAUUGCAGCGUACAACAAAGGAAUAAAUGAA